AUGCGUGCACUGCCUCCGCUCAGCGCGCGUUACCGUUAUCGUCGCUCAUCGUCGCUUACCAUCACUCAUUGUCGCUCGUCGUCGCUUCUGCUCGCUCGUGCUUCGCUCAUCGUCCAAUCCCCUUGGGUCGACGUAUAUCUUGCUCAUCGAGGACUACUUGAGUACAUCUCACACCACCCAUUCUUCCACACUACACAUUCCUCAUCUACACCGGGUUCAUGGGAGGGUGCACUCCGGCCCCUUGAGGCCCACAAUAUUCGGGGACCAAGUGAGGAUAUCGGAUCAAUAGAGGAUCCCUCUGAUGUUGUUGGAGCAAAUGGACGCAAACGGACCAAGAAGCAGCAGGCUGCCGCCAACAGAUGUUUCAGACAAGGCGUCAUGCAGGUUUCAUGGAUUUGGACUUCAGUUGGCAUUUUAGGGGACGACAAUGAUGUUGGUUUGAAUGACGCACUCCACGUGGAAUGGGUAAAAGCACGUGCACAUGCCCUACGCUGGAAUGAGGAGGUUUUACUCCUGAAGGAAGAGAUGCGGCACACACGUACUUAUAUUGAGUGGAAAGCCGGGUGCCUACUAUCGGAAGGUAUUGCAGUGUAUGCUUUUUGCCAAGCAGCACUGCACCGUAAGCUUUCCAUUUCAUUUAUGCGGCUCUGGUCUGCUUCGCCGACAACAAACCAGGUUCCGGCUUCCCAGUCAAUUAUUGAAGAUGACGAGGACGUGGUUAUUGAUGAUGAGACCUACGAGGAUGACGCAGAGGAUGACAUGGAGGAUUGA